CACGUGCUCGUCACGGGCGGCUCCGAGGGCCUCGGCAAGGAGCUCGCGGCGCUCAUGGCGUCGCGCGGCGCCAGGGUGUCCAUCGUCGCGCGGACCGCUAAGAAGCUCGACGCCGCCGUCGCCGAGCUCGCCGAACGAAAGCUCUCCGUGCGCGCCGUCGCCGGCGACGUGACGAGCGCCGAGAGCUUGAAGAGCGCCGUCGCAGACGCGGAAGCGGCCCACGGGCCCGUGACCUGCGUCGUCUGCUGCGCGGGCGGCGCGCGCACGGGCCUCUUCUCCGACGUCUCCGCCGACGACUUCGCCAAGCAGAUGGACCUCAACUACCUCGGCGUCGUGAAAACCCUGAAAGCGACGCUGCCGGGCAUGGUCGACCGGAAGGCCGGCACGGCCGUGCUCGUGUCGUCGGGUUUGGCGCUCUGCGGCUACGCCGGGUACUCCGCCUACGCCCCCACGAAGUGGGCCGUGCGCGGCCUCGCGGAGACGCUGCGCUCCGAGCUCCUGCCCUUCGACAUAUCCGUCCACAGCGUCUACCCGCCGAACAUGGACACGCCGGGCUUCGUCGAGGAGAACCGCACGAAGCCCAAGUCGACGAAGGCCAUCGAGGAGGGCGAGCCGACGCACGAUCCCAAGGCCGUGGCGACGUCCAUCGUGGCGUCGCUCGACGCGGGCCACUUCAACGUCGCCUGCGGC